AUGGCACCAGCACAAGAACAAUCUACAACCAAAGAGCAACAUGCUCCGGUGAACAAAGAUGCUGAAGGUUCAACAUCCAAGAAAGAAAAAGAAGAAGAAGAAUUAUCUGAAGAAGAUCAACAUUUGAAAGAAGAAUUGGAAAUGUUGGUUGAAAGAUUAAAUGAAUCAAAUCAACAAGUAGAUUUAUAUAAUAAAUAUUUAGAUGCCCUUAAGACAUUUAUUAAAGAAUCUACUACUUCUAUGACUGCUGUUCCAAAACCAUUGAAAUUCUUAAGACCUCAUUUCACUACAUUGACUGAUUUAUAUUCCAAUUGGACUGAACGAUUCCAACCUAAAGAUGAAAUUGUUGUAAAAUUAGCUGACAUAUUAUCAGUGUUGGCUAUGACUUAUGAUGAUGGUAAACGUGAAUCCUUGAAAUAUAGAUUAUUGGCAUCUGAUAGUACCAUUGCUGAUUGGGGUCAUGAAUACAUGCGUCAUUUAGCUUUAGAAAUUGGUGAAUCAUAUCAAGAGAAUUUGGGUGUUGAUGAAGCUAAUGUGGCACAAUUGAUUAGAUUAUCUUUACAAAUUGUACCAUUCUUUUUAAAACAUAAUGCUGAAGCUGAUGCUGUCGAUUUAUUAUUGGAAAUUGAAUGUAUUGAUAAAUUACCGGAAUUUGUUGAUGAAAGUACAUAUGCCAGAGUUUGUCUUUAUAUGGUUAGUUGUGUACCUUUAUUGGCUCCACCUGAUGAUGUUUCAUUCUUAAAUACUGCUUAUGCUAUUUAUUUGGCUCAUGGUCAAUUGACCCAAGCUUUAACUUUAGCUAUCAAGUUGGAUAAUGAAGAUUUGAUUAAACAAGUAUUCAAUUCCACUGAAGAUGAAUUAAUUCAUAAACAAUUAGGAUUCAUUUUAUCUCAACAAAACAGUAGUUUUAAAUAUCCAGGUGAAAAUCCAGAAGUACAAGAAACUAUUUCAAAUGUUAAAUUGGCAGAAUAUUUCAAUUUUUUGAUUAAGGAAUUGAAUUUAUUAGAUCCAAAAGUCCCUGAAGAUAUUUAUAAAUCUCAUUUAGAAAAUACUAAAUUUGGAUUAGGAACUUCUGGAUCAAUUGAUUCUGCAAAACAAAAUUUAGCUGCUGGAUUUGUUAAUGCCUUUAUUAAUUUAGGUUUUGGUACUGAUAAAUUAAUUCAAACUGAAGAAGAUAAUAAAUCUUGGAUUUAUAGAACUAAAUCUUCGGGUAUGGCUUCCACCACUGCUUCCUUAGGUUCAAUUCAUCAAUGGAAUAUUAAUGAAGGUUUACAAGUAUUGGAUAAGUAUACUUAUUCUGAUGAUCCUGAAGUUAAGGCUGGUGCAUUGUUAGGUACUGGUAUUGUUUCAGCCAAUGUUCAUGAUGAAGUAGAAGCUGCUUUCGCUUUAUUACAAGAAUAUGUCAAUGAACCAGUUAAGAUUUAUCAAACUGCUGCUAUUAAUGGUUUAGGUAUAGCAUUUGCAGGCUCUGCAAAUGAAGAAGUUUUGAACUUAUUAUUACCAUUAGUUUCUGAUUCGGAAAUUUCUUUGGAAAUUUCAUGUCUUGCUGCAUUGGCAUUAGGUCAUGUCUUUGUAGGAACAUGUCAUGGUGAUAUUACUUCCACUAUUUUACAAACCUUAUUAGAAAGGGAUUUCACUCAAUUGACUAAUAAAUUUAUCAAAUUUAUGUCGCUUGGUUUAGGUUUGUUAUACAUGGGAAAGACAGAACAAGCUGAAGAUGUUUUAGAAACAAUUGAUGCUAUUGAACAUCCAAUAAGUAAAACUUUGAAAGUCUUGGUGAAUAUUUGUGCAUACGCCGGCACUGGUAAUGUAUUACAAAUUCAAGCAUUGUUACAAAUGUGUACUGCCAAACCAAAAGAUACAACUGAUGAUGAGAAGAAGUUGGAACAAUCCGAAGAAGAUCAACAAAAGGAACAAGCCAAGGCUGAACAAGAUGGUGAUGAGGCUGCUGCUGGUGCCGCUGACGGCGCCGCUGCCGCCGCCAAUGAAGAUGUAGAAAUGGAAGAUGCUGAAAAACCAAAGGAAGAAAGUACCAAGCCAAAAGAAGAGCCAGAAAAGACUGAAGAAGAUGAAGAAGAAGAAGACGAAGACGAAUUACAUCAAGGGAUUGCCGUCUUGGGAUUAGCUUGUAUUGCUAUGGGUGAAGAUAUUGGUCAAGAUAUGUCAUUACGUCAUUUCGGUCAUUUAAUGCAUUAUGGUAAUUCAUUAAUUCGUAGAGCAGUUCCAUUGGCAAUGGGUUUAGUGUCUGUUUCUAAUCCACAAAUGAAAGUAUUUGAAACAUUGUCACGUUAUUCCCAUGAUCCAGAUUUAGAAGUUGCCCAAAAUGCAAUUUAUUCCAUGGGAUUAGUUGGUGCAGGUACUAAUAAUGCAAGAUUAGCUCAAUUAUUAAGACAAUUGGCUUCUUAUUAUAUCAAAUCUCCAGAAUCUUUAUUUAUGGUUAGAAUUGCCCAAGGUAUUUUACAUUUAGGUAAAGGAACUUUAACUUUAACUCCAUUCAAUACUGAAAGAACUAUAUUAUCUAAAGUUUCUUUAGCAUCCUUAUUGACUAUUGCAGUUGCCUUGUUAGAUCCAAAAGCAUUUAUAUUAGGUGAUUCAUCCACUGAAACAACUCAUCAAUUAUUAUACUACUUGACUCCAGCAGUUAAGCCACGUAUGUUGGUUACUGUAGAUGAAGACUUAAAACCACUCAAGGUAAAUGUAAGAGUAGGUCAAGCAGUGGAUAUUGUUGGACAAGCAGGUAAGCCGAAGACAAUCACUGGAUGGGUUACUCAAUCCACUCCAGUAUUAUUAAAUUAUGGUGAACGUGCCGAACUUGAAAAUACUGAUGAAUGGAUAAGUUUAAGUAGUAAUUUAGAAGGGAUUGUUAUUUUAAGGAAGAAUCCUGACUAUAUGGAAGUUGAUAAUUAG